CCCUCUGAGUAGCCGAUCACCCUCUCCGAAUCCCUGAGAGCGGCUAUAUCCACCUUCAUCCUUUUCUCUCUCUCGUUUCCCUUCUCUCCAGCUCCCAAGACAUCCUCCGAGCACAAACCUCUCGAGUCUGCCCAACAUGUCCGGCGAAGCGUGGCUCUACCUGUUGGCGGUGUUGAUCAACGCCGUCAACCUGUUUCUGCAGGUGUUCUUCACGAUUAUGUAUAGCGAUCUAGAAUGUGACUACAUCAACCCUAUCGACCUCUGCAACCGUCUCAACGCCUACAUCAUCCCCGAAGCUGCCGUCCAUGCCUUCCUUACUUUCUUGUUCGUCAUCAAUGGCUACUGGCUUGCGAUCUUGUUGAACCUGCCUCUGUUGGCGUUCAAUGCCAAGAAGAUUUACGAUAAUGCGCACCUUUUGGAUGCGACCGAGAUCUUCCGCAAGCUCAACGUACACAAGAAGGAAUCUUUCAUCAAACUGGGUUUCCACCUUUUGAUGUUUUUCUUCUACUUGUACAGCAUGAUCGUUGCCUUGAUCCGCGACGAGUCUCAUUGAGUUCGUGACGCGAUGGAGCAUGCGAUGCGCGGUGGCCAUACUGGCCGAAGUAUCGCGUGAUGCGCUGUUUUGUCUUGCGAUAAGUAAGGCUGGAUCGAACAUGAUAAUUCUCUCCGGCGCGGUACCUGGACGCGCUCAUGUCGUCAAACUGGGCCUGCCCAGUUUAUCGAUCUCGGCGCUCCGCCGGUAUGCCGGAGCAUGCAACGGAAGAUGGACGAAAUGUAGGAUAUGCCUAUGACAAGGAAUCUGACGACGGGUUGGGGUGAUGAUCAAUCUUUUGGUAUAACGACUUAGACUGGGAUGGUGAAUUGAAAAACUGCAUCGCAGCGAUGCAGUUUAAUUGACAUAUUUUGCGUGUAUUGAUUUUACGUUGCGACUGUAUUCCUUCUUGAUGUCUGAUGUGCUGUAUAUACCACCACU